ACGAUCAAAAUAGUUUCGGGGAGAAGGAGGAGGAGUCAAAGUUGCCAGCAUGGCGCUGACUCUGUAUUCUCUCAUCCAGAGUGUGAUUCUGUGCACUAAUGCAAUCGCCGUAUUGCAUGAAGAACGGUUUCUCUGUAAACUGGGCUGGGCCGCUGAUCAGGGAGUCGGAGGUUUUGGAGAUGAUCUAGGAAUCAAAGCUCAGAUACACAACCUCGUCCGUUCAGUUCGCACCGUUAUGAGAGUGCCUUUGAUUCUGGUGAACUCUGCCUGCAUUGUUCUGCUGUUGCUGUUUGGAUGAAAGCAUCCUGGGUAAACCAAAGGACGUCACACAUGCCAUGGAACAAACUUUCUGUCAUGAUUUCUCUUGCUCAAAAACACAAAACACUGAUAGAUUUUAUUUUUUUUUACUUCCCAAGACAGGAUGAUGCUUCUCUCCUCAUUUAGAACUUUAGUGCUUCUCACAUCCGAUUUAUCUUGUUCUGCAGGAAGCGUUGAGACUAAUCUGCUUUAACGAUUUUAAUGAAAUUACACUAUAUUUUGUCACGAGUUUAACUGAAGUGAAUGUUCAAGUGUCACUGUUUGAAGAUCAUAAAUUGUAACUUUAAUCUUGCCAGUGAAGUACAAAUGACAGACUUUUGCAACAUUUUACUCAGAAAGACUGGAGAACAAUUUUUCAAAAAAAUUUUUUUUUUUUAUUUGCAUCUCAGGCUUUUUUAAGAGAUUUUUUCUGGUGAUAAGUGUUCUGUCAACUACUUUGUGACAGUAAAGAACAGUCUAAACACGGAUUUGUCAUUCACUCCACUCCACUUAUUGAUGAACAAAAUGUUUUAAUUUUUUUUUUUUUACAAAACGUUUUAAUUUUUUUUAAGAAUGUUGCAAUCCAGUGUACUAUUUAAAUGCCAAAUAGAUCUAGAUUUUGUUGAAAAUGGUGAAUAAUUGUGAAUAAUGGCAUUUAUGUGUAAAUCUACAUGGAUACGCUUAGAGAAAUAAAGAUACAAAUUUGAUAAAACUGAUAAAUGAAUGUUUUCCUCUGAAUUAAUUUUCACUAAAAGGUAACAUGAAAAUGAGAGAAUGGGAUUAUCAUGUAGAUUAGCAGAAAGCUAGUAAAAAUGAUGCUCAUUGGAUAAAUGAGGAAUGUCUCAGCUGUUUGAUCUAUAUAUUUUCUUUUCUUAGGCAAAAAAAUACUAUAAAACAUAAAGUGUGACUAUCUUAAGGAAAAGUCACAUUUAUUUAAAUAACUGAAUUAACAAAAACAGUUUCAGAAAAGUAAUGCAAAAUUUAUAAUAUAUAUAUACAAAUACUUUAACUGUUACUUUUAAGUUUGUGUCUUAAAAAAAUCCAAGUUAUAUGCGUUGGGUUUUUCCAUUUUUUUUAAAUUGGUCUGAGUGCUUAUGAAGAUAUUAUCUAACUAGUAAAAUAUACAAUAAUCCCUGUUAUUCUUUUUCUCCUACUUUAUUACAGUUUUGCCUUUUUAUUCAGAGUUUUUAUAUGAUGUAUUAUUAUAUAUUGUUUUCUAGUGAUUUGUGGUCACAUUAAUUCACUUUAGGUUGGAUCCUGAACACACAGGAGUUAAUGGUGUAGAGGUUUACUGGAAUUACAAGCAUAUGUUGAUCAGGGAGGUUUACACAUUAAAGCCGUUUUGAUCUGUGA